AUGGGAAAGAUCACCUUCUACGAGGACAAAAACUUCCAGGGUCGCUCUUAUGAGUGUAACUCUGAAUGUCCAGACCUGUCCUCAUACUUCAGACGCUGCAACUCCAUCCGCGUGGAAAGUGGAAACUGGAUCCUGUAUGAACAUCCCAACUACAGGGGACACCAGUACUUCCUUCAAAAAGGAGAAUACCCAGAUUUCCAGCAAUGGAUGGGCUAUAAUGAUUCUAUUAGAUCUUGUCGUCUGAGUCCCCAACAUCAGGGUUCAUUCAGAAUCAGGAUUUAUGAGAAAGAAGACUUUAGAGGCCAGAUGAUGGAGUUCACUGAGGACUGUCCAAAUGUCUAUGAGAGAUUCCGUUACCAUGACAUCCACUCUGUUGAUGUACAAGAUGGCUACUGGAUGUUCUAUGAGGAGCCCAACUACAGAGGACGCCAGAAUUACCUGAGACCUGGAGAGUACAGGAAAUACAAUGACUGGGGAGCCAACAACUCAAGAAUUGGUUCCUUUAGAAGAGUUCACCACACCUAUUAA